AUGCGGCUCAACCCUGCCUUUGUCCCGAAGGUGGUCGGCACAUGUUCCCCUAUAGAACUGCCGGCCUUUUGCCCACCGCCUUUCUCCUCAGAGGAGCAACAGCGGCUGCAUACCUUGUGUCCAGUCCGUGCUCUGCGCAUUUACAUGGACCGAACCCAGAGUGUCAGACAAAGUGACCAGCUGUUCGUGUCCUGGGCUAAACCACAUAUGGGAAAGCCUGUGUCUAAACAGCGCCUCUCCCAUUGGAUAGUGGGAGCGAUUGCCCUGGCCUAUACUAGCAGGGGCCUUCAGCCCCCUGCUGGCUUACGCAGACGUCUUGCCUACAUCCACAGGCAUCAAUGGCUAGAGUAUACUGACGAUGAUGAGAUCCCAGAGAAAGUUUGCAACUGCUCAGCAAUCCUGAAGGGAGAGAAGGAAGAAUUGCAGAAAGCCAAAUUACUGACCAUCACCAAAGACUUUCAGAAGAAUAUUCAUAUUCCUGAUGAGUAUUAUAUCCAUGCAGCCCAAGACUGCAGGAAAUUCAAAAUAACCAGGAAAUACAUAACAUUCCCUUUAAGCAAGGAAGAAGAGGAGUUUCCUUUGGCUUACUCUAUGGCUGUACAUCACAAGGUUCACAGCUUUGAGCGACUACUGCGAGCUAUCUACGCACCUCAAAAUAUUUAUUGCGUCCAUGUGGACAAAAAAUCACCGGCCUCAGUCUCUGCUGCCAUCAAGGCCAUUACUUCCUGUUUUCCAAAUGUGUUCAUGGUCGGCAAGGCUGUGAAUGUGGUGUACGCUGGAUGGACACGUGUACAGGCUGAUCUUAACUGCAUGGCUGAUCUCUAUAACACCAGUACAACAUGGAAAUACUUCAUCAACCUCUGUGGUCAGGAUUUCCCUCUAAAAACUAACUUGGAAAUUGUGCAAGCUUUGCGUUCACUAAAAGGAGGUAACAGUUUGGAGUCGGAGGAAAUGCCUCAAGGAAAGAAGAAGAGGGUCAUGAAUGCUUACCAAGUAGUUGAUGGAAAAAUCCAGCGAACAGGAAAAACAAAGAAUCCAGCUCCCUUCAAUCUGCCCAUACUAUCAGGAAAUGCCUACAUUGUGGUCAACCGAGGCUACAUUCGCAGUGUGUUGGAAGACAAGCGAAUACAGGCCCUCAUUGAGUGGGCCAAAGACACCUACAGUCCUGAUGAGUUUCUGUGGGCAACAAUACAACGAAUGCCUGGUGUUCCUGGCUCAACAUGGCCGAACCGUAAAUUUGACAUAACAGACAUCAAUGCAAUUGCACGGAUGGUGAAGUGGCAGGGGCACGAGGGGUCAGAAGGUUCCUUGCAAGCAGUAUACCCAGAAUGUAAAGGCCACCAUGUCAGAUCAAUAUGUGUGUAUGGUGCUGGAGACCUGCAGUGGUUGAUUGAACAGCAUCACCUUUUUGCCAAUAAGUUUGAUGCAGACAGAGAUCCCAUUGCUGUCUACUGCUUGGAGAAAUAUCUGAGACACAAGGCACUGACUGAGUUAGAUUAG